AUGAUAUAACAAAGAUAGCAAUAUUACAAAACUCUUUAGGAAUUUCUAAGCUCCUCAUAAUAUGAUUGCACUUUCCUAAAAAUUAAUCUAUAACAACCUUCAUUAGAUUAAUAAGAAGGAUCCAAUUUAGGUGAAGGAAUACAAAAAUAUACUAAUCUUUAAAGAGCCGUGUUUAAUUUAUAAGAAAGAUAUAUUGGUGAUGAAGGUAUUUCACUUUUUGCUUCUGGAUUAGCAACAUGUGCUAGUAUUUAAAUAUUAACUCUGAAUUUAGUAUACAAUAACAUUAGCAAUUUAGGUUCCACAAAUUUAGGCUCUGCAUUAUCUAAAUUGGUCAAUCUUUCAAAUCUUUUAUUAAUGUUAGAUUAAAAUGAAAUCAGCGAUUAAGGUAUAUCAUGUUUAGCCCAAAGAUUAGGAGAGUGUACAAAUCUAUCAAAUUUGAGAUUGUAUUUAAUGGAUAAUUAAAUUGGGGAUUAGGGUUUAUCGUGCUUAGGAAAUAAUUUAGCUAAAUGCCAAAAGCUCACUAUUUUGAAAGUUUUUUUAUAGUACAAUAAAAUUAGUUCUCAUGGCAUAUCAAGCAUGGUUUCAGGAUUAGCUAAACUUAAUUAAAUUUCAACUUUAAAACUUGAUUUUAAUAGAGUGUUAUUUGAUGAUUAAGGUUUACAAGAUUUAGCCUAAGAAUUAUCCAAAUGCACUAACCUCUCUACUUUGAAGCUCUUAUUUGGUUGGGCUUAAAUUCGUUGUAAAGGGGUAUCAUGCUUAAUUGAAGGAUUAUCAAGAUGCAAUAAACUCAAUUCUUUGACUCUAGGUUUAGAAUGCAAUAAAAUUGGGGAUUAGGAUACAUCUAGCUUACUCUUUGGAUUAAUUUAGAACAUUAAUCUUUAAGUCUUAGAUUUAAAUUUAGUUCACAAUAAAAUUGGUGAUGAUAGAAUAUAAUAGCUAAGUUCUGAAUUAGCAAGUUGCGCUAAUCUCUCAACUUUGAUUCUUAAUUUAAAUGGAAAUGAAAUUAGUAGCAAAGGAGUAUCAGACUUAGGUAUAGAUUUAUCUAGAUGUAACAGUCUCUAAUGCUUGAGUAUCGAGUUAUGUGAAAAUUUAAUUAAUGGAUAGGGUUUAUUGAAUUUAGUAAUUGGAUUACAAAAAUGUUCUCAACUCUCAAACUUAUCAUUUGAUUUUUCAUAAAAUUAAAUUAGUGAUCUAAGUGGAUAAGAUUUUGGUUAAGCUUUGGCAUAGUGUAGAAAUCUCUCAACUUUGAAGCUUACAUUAGAUAAAACUAAUAUUAGUCAUCUCAGUGCAUAAGAAUUAGGAUUUGGAUUAGCAAAAUGCUCUAAGCUCUCUUUUUUAACACUUUAUUUAUGUAGCAAUACAAUUGGCGAAUAAGGCUUCAAAGAUUUAAUUUCAAAAUUAACAAAAUCAACUAGCAUUCUAAUUUUGAAGCUUUUUUUAUGGGAAUUAUAUAUAAAAAAAGCUUAUUUUUAAAAGUUAAACCUUUAAAUCCAUAAAAUGAAAAGACUAGUUCAAUUCAAUCUUAUUAAUAGUUUUUCAAAUUAUUUUUAAACAUAAGAUAGUGAUGAAGAAGAUAUUAAAUUAGAAGAAAAUGAAAGUGAAUUUUGA